UCUUCCUUCUGUCUUUGACAGUUCUAUAUCUAAUGUCUGUGAAUGUGUAUGUAUAUAUAAAUAUAUAAAUGUGUGUAUCUAUCUCUGCAUGUUCAAGUUGAUGACCUGACUCUCUUUUUCAGUUCUUUGAAAUCUAGUGUUUGGGUUUGUUGAAAAAGUUCCAAAUGACCUAUCCCUGUUCUUUAGAUUUUUGAAUCUAGGGCUUGGGUCUGUAAAAAAAUUCAAAAAAAACUCUUGAUUAUCCCUCAAUGUUCUUCAUGUAAAGGCCAUUCUUGCUCGUCCAAACCUGAAAAAAUUAGGGUUUUUUUUUAAAGAGAAACAAUGAAGAAAACAAAGUUCGAUACAGUUGUGUCAGUGAGUCGACACAGAUCGAUUCAAGUUUUGAUGGGUGCAUUGUUUCUGUAUCUACUCUUGAUGGGUUUAGAAAUCCCUCUUGUGCUCAAAACUGGGUUAGGGUUUGGAUCAGGAGACGGGUCUCUCUACGCACAGCUAAUCAGGAUCAAUGAAGAAGACGAAUCGACUCAGAGUGAAGGUUCAGAUGUUGAAGAAUCGUUUAGGGUUUCACAGAGAUCGUUUGUCCGAACGCGACAGCACAAGAAAGUCUCGAGCUUGGUGUUCGACGAAAGUGCAUUUGGUAACAACAGUGUGCUUCACAAGAUGGCAAUCAAUGCUUUUGUGGUUGGGAAGAAGCUCUGGGAAGAGAUUUCGUUGGGACAAGUUGGAGUUGAAUUGGAAAACAAAGCAGAGAAUUUGUCUGAUUCGUGUAUGCAUUCGAUUUCAAUGUCGGGUGAAGAAUUCAGGAAUUCGAACCAAAUUAUGGUGAUUCCGUGUGGAUUGUCAUUGGGAUCACACAUUACAGUCGUGGGGAAGCCACAUUGGGCUCACCCCGAGUACCACCCGAAGAUAGCAUUGUUGAAAGAAGGAGAUGAUAGUGUGAUGGUUUCUCAGUUUAUGAUGGAAUUGCAGGGGUUGAAGACGGUGGAUGGGGAGGACCCACCAAAGGUACUGCAUUUCAAUCCAAGGUUGAAGGGGGAUUUCAGUGAGAGGCCGGUUAUCGAGCAGAAUACAUGUUAUAGGAUGCAAUGGGGGUCGUCGUUGAGGUGUGAAGGGUGGAAGUCUAAGGCGGACGAAGAAACGGUGGAUGGACAGGUGAAAUGUGAGAAAUGGAUUCGUGACGACGACGAUCACUCAGAAGAGUCGAAGACUAUAUGGUGGUUGAACAGGCUGAUAGGAAGGACCACAAAAGUGACAGUGGACUGGCCAUAUCCAUUCGUAGAAGACAAGUUAUUUGUUCUUAGCUUGAGUGCUGGCUUGGAAGGCUAUCAUAUCAAUGUAGAUGGGAGGCAUGUUACUUCUUUUCCUUAUCGCACUGGGUUCACUCUUGAGGAUGCAACAGGACUAUGUAUAAAAGGGGAUGUUGAUUUGCAUUCUAUAUUUGCUGGCUCGUUACCUACAUCACAUCCCAGCUUUGCUCCACAGAAGCAUCUGGAGAUGUUGACUAAAUGGAAGGCCCCAUCUCUUCCUGAUUGGGAUGUGAAGCUUUUUAUAGGCAUUCUUUCUGCGGGCAAUCAUUUUGCUGAGAGGAUGGCUGCGAGGAAGUCCUGGAUGCAGCAUCCAUUAAUCAAAUCUUUAAAUGUUGUAGCUCGGUUUUUUGUAGCUCUGCAUGGAAGAAAAGAAGUAAAUGUAGAGCUAAUGAAAGAAGCAGAUUUUUUUGGGGACAUUGUCAUAGUGUCAUACAUGGACAAUUAUGACCUUGUUGUACUGAAGACGGUUGCAAUCUGCGAAUAUGGGGUUCGCAGUGUGGCCACGAACUAUAUUAUGAAGUGUGAUGAUGACACAUUUGUUAGGAUAGAUGCUGUCAUCAAGGAAAUGAAGAAAGUCCACAGUGGUGGAAGCCUGUAUGUGGGCAACAUGAAUUACCACCACAAGCCCCUGCGUUAUGGUAAAUGGGCAGUGACGUAUGAGGAAUGGCCAGAAGAUUAUUAUCCACCCUAUGCAAAUGGGCCUGGUUACAUAGUGUCAUAUGACAUUGCACGUUACAUUGUAUCCGAGUUUGAAAAACACAAGUUGAGAUUGUUCAAGAUGGAAGAUGUGAGCAUAGGCAUGUGGGUAGAGCAGUUUAACAGUUCCAUGCCAGUUGAGUAUGUGCACAACAGGAAAUUCUGUCAGUUUGGUUGCAUCGACAAUUAUUAUACAGCGCAUUAUCAGUCUCCAAGACAGAUGAUGUGCAUGUGGAACAAAUUGCAACAAGAAGGGAAAGCCCAGUGCUGCAACAUGAGAUGACCAUGGUCGUCAUCAUGAGAGGU